AAUGAAUCGGCAUUGGCAAUUGGCCAAAAUAAGUUUGAAAAUAUUGGCAGAAAUGAAUGAAGCAAGACGCAAAAAUGAAAGAAGCUAAACUGACACAUGCACUAAUGCAUAUUGGGGGUUGUGUUGCAGGCAAAAAACAUGAGCAAUGUCCUGAACGUCAUCCUGUUCUCUGAUCACAGCAUGUUAGAGAUCACAAACCUCAUUGAGCUGGACAAACACAUUAACUUGUCCGAUGUCAUCAAGGUGCUGGAAGUUGGUCCUGUCGUGAGCCUGUGGCCCAAACAAGAAAAGUUUGAAGAGAUAUUCACUGUUCUUAGUGCAGUGGAAAAUAUGACAACCUACCGCAGAAGUGACACCCCUGAUCGAUUCCAUUACAAGGAAGGGAGGUUUGUUUCAACUCUGAUCCUUGUAGCCAAACCAGGGACGGUCAUCACUGCUACCGAAUCAGCCCUGCCUUUCACACCAACCCCUGGAGGUAAACAUGGUGCACAUGGCUACGACAAUGAACUUGUUGAGAUGAGAGGGUUCUUUUUAGCAAAAGGCCCAGUAAAUCAUCAGCAUGGUCAGCAGCAGAUGGCGCAAGAGCACCUGGGAUAGGCUAUGACAGAAAUAGCCUGUUAGGAUCAUAAGAGCCUAGUUAAAACAUAGGCUAGCUAAACUGAUAGACACAAAAAGUG